AUGGGUUCUUGUAAUUCUUGCAAUAAAUAUGAAUAGGCUCUCUCAAAUUAAGAAUUAUAAGAAGGAACAAAUUCGACACAUUAAGUUAAGAAAAUAGAAUAAUUGAGAGAUAAAACUUUGAAGAAUGAUUAUGAGGACUUUCCUGUUGCUGAUGAAAGUUGUCUAGAGAAUAGCUCUUAACUACCAAUUUUUAUAAAAUAAAAGGAGAUCAGAGACAAUCUAGUUUAAGAAAGAAUGAACAGAUUCAUGAAAGAUAUUGAAGAGGAAGUAAAAUAUCGAAUAAAAUAACAAGAAGAGUAGCGUUAAAUAGAAAUUGAGUAAUAAAAUUAAUUACGGUCAAAGCCAGUCAAAAAUUAAUAAAAGGAUUCAUCUGAUUUCAACAAUGAAAACCACCAUCAAACUAUUUCAUUUUAAAACUCAUAAAACUUUCAAGCCCUCCGUAAUAUUCCUGGUAAAACUUACUUACCUAAAUAAUUCUCUUAAUUUGCCCCAAAAAAAGACACCGAAACUAAUACUCUAAAUUCAUAGAUGAGUUUAACAAUGAAUUCUUUAAAAACUAAAACUGCAUCAAAUAAAAAUAAAUUCAUCACUAUUCUUUAAGAAAAUGAAAAAAGUUCUCAAGCAAGUGUCGGGAGUCUUAAUGAGAGCAAAGAAUAUACUGUCUCUUAAGAAAUGCAAUGUAGUGAUAAUUAACCUGAACUGUUUUCAAGUAAUACUAGUAAAGAAAGGAGUUCAAGGAGCAUUUUAAAAAAUAGUUAAAGGUUCUUAAGUCUUGAAAGAAAUUUGUCUUUAAAAUCCACCUAUACAAAUUUCAAACAAAAGAAAGUGUCUUUCUCUUAAGAUACUAAAUAUUUUAUAACUAGAGGACUUAAAAGAAAUCCUACAACCUUAUUUAACUAAUGA